AUGACAGCGCGGGGAUUGCGCGGGGCCAGUAGCGUUGUGCAUGUGUGUGUGUCUGUUCUCGAACUCGAGGAGGAUGCUGCAAGAGACGACGGCAGCGAUGACGAUGAUCUCAGUUAUGACACAAUGACGUGCAGCUGGCUAAAAAUUAGAGAAGGGGUGACGUCACUGCGCGCCGUCUACAUACCGGAACGAGCAACCCGGGACGAACAAAGGCCCAGGGGCCAGAGCCCUUUGGCCAACUGCAGACACGGAGAUCAGACCAAUGUCAGGAUCAGAAGGGAACCAGGGGUCAGGCCCGAUCUCCCCUCUCCUGCUCUCUGGCUGCUCGCUGCUAAUUCGUCACCCACGACCCAUCCCAACCCCCGACCACAACCGAAGUUAAAUACCCAACUCCACCAGCUCGGCUUGCUCCCCUUUUCCCCUUUCUUCACCAUUACCUCCGCAGCCUCCGCCAUCGAACAAGCCGUCGAACUUGGCUUAGUGGGCCUCCUGACACGACCUGUUCUCAACGCUGUAUACACCUCCACCUCCGACGUCCACGACCACCAACAACAGACAACCGACGACGACGACGACGAAGAAGAAACAGUCGUCUCUUCGCAGAUAGCGAAGCACCCAGAACUCCACACUCAGCAGUCCCGCCGCUCUCUCCACCCCCAGCAGUACGAAGCAGACGGAAUCGAUAUGGCGACCGCGACUCAGUCAAGACCGCAGGGUAUGACGUCUUCAGCCCCGGACACGAAACGCUCCACCUCCGGCGGCGGCUACAACACGCCUGGCGGAACCCGCAUCGACGGUCUACUCACCGACGGCGACAACAACAGCACCCGCUCCGGCGGCUACUUCACGCCCAGCCUCGGCAACAAGCUCGACGGCACCGACAAUGACGGCUACUACAACGCCUCGGGCGGCAAGUCGACCCCGAACGGAGUCGACCGCCACAACUCGUCCCAGAACUAUCAGAGCAACUCGUCUCAGAACUACCAGAACGGACACCACGACGACGACGGCUCGCUCUCCAAGGGUAUCAACUCGAUCGGCGCCAGCGGACCCAACGGCUACAACCGCUCGGCGUCGUACAGCUCCAACAAGCGCCCUGGAAUGAACGAGCAGCCUUCUCGCUCGUACAUCAAGAACCGUGACAGCGACAACCACCCCGGCACCGGUACCCCUCCCGGCAACCAGGGCAACACCACUGUUACCACAACCUUUGUCGAGUUUGACGACACGACUCCCAGCGUCACCGGCGGCCCCACGGCCACGACUGGCGCGACUGGCACGAGCACUCCAGGCACCACUGGCCACACUGGCAACACCGGUACCACGAGCAACAUCGGCAACACUGGCACCACUGGCAACACCCGCACGACCGGCACCACUGGUACGAGCACUCCUGGCCAGCCGGGUACUGCUGGUGGCUUGGCCGUCCCGACGACUGGCCAGAGUGGCGCCAACACGCCCGGCGCUCGCAGCGGCCAGAGCUUCCAGAGCGGCACCGGUGUCAUGAGCGGUCCUGCUGCUGGCGGCUUCUUCCCAACCGGCGCGAACGCCCGCGGCACGACUCCGACUCCCCAGACGCCCCAGGGCCAGGGCCUGAACAACUCGGUCAACGACAACUACGUCGACCGCCCGGGCAACCAGCUGCACCACGACGAUGACGACGUUUUUGGUGUCAACAACGCUAACAAUGCCAACAACACCACCAACAAUGUCAUCACCGGUACCAACGGCACCAGCGGCAUCAGCAACCGCGACCUCGGCCCGCAGGAGACGCUUGGCAACGUGCAGAAGCGCCCUCAGCACCGCCACGCCAACAAGAGCCACGGAUCGCAGUACAUGAUCGUUGAGAACUUCCCGCGCCAGGACUCGCGCGCGACCACCCCGCGCCCCGAUUACACCGAGUCGGCCGCGCACUGGGACCCCGCCGCCGGCGCCGUUGUUGAGCGCAGCACGCCCCAACACGAGUACCCGCCUCACAUUGACCACGACGACCACCAUGACCAGCUCUCGCCCACUCAGGACCGCCGUGGCAGCCAGCACAAUGGUCUCCGCAACGCUGGCGCCGCUGCCCUCGGGGCUGGUGCCGGUGCAGCUGCCGGGCAGCACUUCGCAAACCGCGACCAGCAUGACCACCGCGACAACCAGCCGUACACUGACAGCCGCUACCAUGACGACGGUUACGGUAACGACCGUAACUACGGCCCCAACGACCGCAGCUACGGCGGCAACGACCGCGGCGACACUCGUGGUGUCAACUUCCACGAUGGCGCGGCCCCCGGCCAGCGCCUGCCCCAGACUGACGGCCGCGACUACAGCGACCGUCAGCGUCAGUCCCAGCUGCCUCAGCAGCGCUACCCUGACUCGCAGCAGUACCAGGACCAGGGCCGUGGCGGACCCACUGUCGCUGCCGUCGGCAUCCCUGGCCAGAGUGGCCGUGACAACUACGACCAGGACCGCCGGUACGACUCGUACAACGACCAGUCGUCUCGCCCGCGCUCGCGCCAGACGAGCUUCCGCGACCGUGACGACUACCGCGACGUGCCUUCGCGCCAGCAGUCGCAGCGCGACACUCUGCCCAAGUCGCACAGCGACAGGAACAACCUGGCCGCGGCCGCCACUGGUGCCGGUAUCGGCGCUGGUGUCGGCGCCGGCGUCGGCAGUGGUAUGCGCCGUUCUGCCUCUGCGGGCUCUGGUCUGAUCAGGGGUAACCGCGACCGUCGCGCUAGUGGCGGCGGCGGCUCGAUCGGGCACGGUAGCAUCAACCGCCCCUCGACCGCCGAUGGAUACAGGGACCGUGACCGUUUCCGCCGCGGCAACAACGGGUACGACGACCGCCUCCCGCCCGUCGAGGACUACGAUGAGGACGACGAGGUUCGCGGCCUUGAGCCCGGCCAGAUUGUCACGCCCUCGCGCCAGCGCGCCCUCCAGUCCUCGACUGGUCGUGGCGGCGGUGGUUCCGACUACGACAGUGCGUCGCAGCAGCCCCGCUCCCGCUCCGCCUUCGGCCACCGCCCCCAGCCCGGCGGCCAGAACGGCUACGACGAGUUUGGCGCCGAGGACGACGGCUACGGCCGUGCCCCUACGCGCGCUGGCACUGUCCGCUCCACCCGCUCGCGCCGUCCGGGCACCUCGAUGUCUGGUGCGCCGCGUCGCGGCGCCUUCGGCCAGGGUGCUGCCCUCUCGACGGGCACGAACCCGCACGACGUUCUGUCCAGGCAGGACCUGCACGAGCGCUCGUCGCUCGCCGAGCGUGCGCUGAGCCCGAACGAGCUCAAGCGCCUGCAGGGCAUGGAGAAGAAGGACGCGAAGCGUCUGACCAAGCUGAUGAAGGAGGAGGAGCGUGCGCAGUCCAAGUCGCUGCACCAGGCAAUUGCGGACAUGAAGCGCUUGACCAAGCUGCAGAAGGAGGCGAUUGCGGCCGAGUCCAAGUCGCAGCGCAACCUCGCCAAGUGGACGAGCCGCGAGCACAAGGCGCGCCUCCACUUCCUCAAGGAGAAGGAGCGGUACGAGGCCAUCGAGGCCAAGCUGCGCAACGCCGAGAACGACUUUGAGGAGCGCCGCGACCACGCCUACGGCCUCACGGAGCAGGUCGCCGAGCGCAACCAGGAGAUCGACGACAUGCGCGCCCUCAAGGCCGCCGACGACCGUGAGCGCGCCAUCAAGCGCACCACGCUUAAGCACCCAGGCCACGCCUAA